UAGAACAACUUGAAAAUGAAAGUAGGCAUCGUUUGUAGAAUGUAUUUCCAACUUCCUUCCGCCAUAUUGGAUUCAGCAGCUGAUUGGAAGAGAACAGAGCAAGGAUGCUGGUUUCUCACCUUUGUGCAAAUGGGAAGCAGGUUCAUGUAAUCCUGAGGCGCAAUAUUGGAGUAUGUGCUCCAGUCUUACAAAAAGCAACAGACCCAAUUCAGCAACUCUUUGUUGAUAAGGUCCGCGAGUAUGCCAAAAAAAGCAGUGCCGCAGGAGGAAAGCUUGUUGAGCCAACACCUGAAAUUGAACGAGAGUUGGCUACAGAAUUAGAAAAGGUAGCAAAACAAUACGGUGGAGGCGAAGGUGUUGACAUGACACAGUUCCCAGCAUUUAAGUUUAAAGAACCAGAGGUUGAUCCUAUUAAUCUGGAAAAGUAAUUAAAACAAGUGUAUAUGUGUUAUUUGCCAAAGUAGUUGUUGCUUUGCUUCUUUAUGUAUAAAGAAAAGUUAAUUUAUAAUAAAAUGUAAUAUCUGCACGAACAGUUUA